AUGUGGAAAUCACCAAAGAACGGCAAGAUCUCAACGAUUCUCGUCAUCAAUAUGAGUAAUAUGACUCGAUAUCUAAAUUUAUCAAAACAAUACAGUUUAAAAGAAGUAAAUGAAGAUGAACAAUAUAUUCCUUAUAAUGAACGACCAGAAACAUAUAUUGUACCAAUACUAUUUUUCUUGAUUUUGGUGGUUGGUAUCGCCGGUAAUGGAGUACUAAUCUUCAUGUUAUUACGAAAUGCAAAUAUGAGGAAUAUUCCAAACACAUACGUUCUUUCGUUAGCUAUGGGAGACCUUUUGGUAAUCUUGACCUGUGUUCCGUUUACGUCAAUACUCUACACGAUUGAAUCUUGGCCUUGGGGUCUCACUGUUUGUAAAUUAUCUGAAUGCGUUAAGGAUAUUUCCAUAGGUGUGUCGGUAUUUACUCUCACUGCAUUAUCAGCUGAAAGAUACUAUGCUAUUGUAAAUCCAAUUCGGCGACACAUAGCGGGAAUGUCACCCAAACCGUUGACGAUCUUAACUGUGAGUUUAAUUUGGAUACUGGCAAGUAUACUAGCUAUGCCCUCGGUGCUCUUCUCUCACAUAUCAUCUGAAGCUAUAAAUGGCAAUUACAGUAUCACUAUCUGCAAUCCUUUCCCGAAGGAAUUUGGUCCGUGUUAUGAGAAGAGUAUAGUACUUUUAAAAUUUCUUAUUUAUUACGCAAUACCACUUUGUAUAAUAUCAGGAUUUUAUUUGGGUAUGGCUCAUCAUUUGGAACUCUCAACAAGAAAUAUACCAGGAGAACAACCGGGAGCACCACGUCAAUAUGAACAAAUACGGGCACGGAAAAAGUUGGGAAAAAUAGUGGUAGCAUUUGUAAUUAUCUUCUUCAUCUGCUUUCUACCGUACCACAUAUUUAUGCUAUGGUUUCACUUUUACUCUGCAUCUCGAGAAGCCUUCAACGAAUUUUGGCAUGUUUUUCGUAUAAUAGGCUUUUGCUUGAGCUUUAUCAACAGCUGUGUAAAUCCUAUUGCAUUGUAUUUUAUUAGCAGCACUUUUCGAAAAAAGUUUAAUAGAUAUCUUUGCUAUUGUUUACCUGUUGCGAGAAGAGUUGCUAUUGAUCAAAGAUUUCCAAGAGUAAGGGCUGAAGCAAGCAUUCUUUAUGAAACGAGUUUUAACUCAACUUAUAGAAGGCAUACGCAAGAAUCUACAUCAAGUAUAUUACAUUUUGCAAGUGAUAACAAAGCAACUUCAGGAUAAUUGUAUUAAUAA